GGAGAGAAACCAUAUGUAUGUAAGCAAUGUGGGAAAGCUUUUAACACACGUGCAAAUUGUAAGGUUCAUGAAAGAAUUCACACUGGAGAGAAGCCCUAUGUAUGUAAGCAAUGUGGGAAAGCUUUUACCAGACGUGAAUGUUGUAAGCAACAUGAAAGAAUUCACACUGGAGAUAAACCCUAUGUAUGUAAGCAAUGUGGGAAAGCUUUUAACAUGCGUGCAAGUUAUAAGGUUCAUGAAAGAAUUCACACUGGAGAGAAACCCUAUGUAUGUAAGCAAUGUGGGAAAGCUUUUCACGCACAGGGAGAUUGUAAGAAUCAUGAAAGAAUUCACACUGGAGAGAAACCCUAUGUAUGUAAGCAAUGUGGGAAAGCUUUUAAAACACGUGCAAAUUGUAAGUUUCAUGAAAGUAUUCAUACUGGAGAGAAACCCUAUGUAUGUAAGCAAUGUGGGAAAGCUUUUACCAGACCUGGACGUUGUAAGGAACAUGAAAGAAUUCACACUGGAGAGAAACCAUAUGUAUGUAAGCAAUGUGGGAAAGCUUUUAGCACACAAGGAUAUUGUAAGAAACAUGCAAGAAUUCACACUGGAGAG